UGCCUACAGUGACCGUUUGAAAAAAGACGCUUCGUGGGAGAAGGUGGCACGGAGCAUGCGCAGAAGUGAAUGGGCCAAGGCUGAUAGCCGAGGCCGGGCCGCAUUAGGUAAGUGUUAUCACUGUAGUUGUGCUGUCCUUGCCCUCUGUGUGGCCCUAAUAUAUAGUUUGAAUGUCCCAGAGGUGACAAUAGUGUUUUCAGGGUGGUCCAGCCUCCUUUUGCCUAAAGGCCUGUACAUGGUUUUUUAAUGUGGCGUCUAUUUUUCCCCUUUCUUAAUUUUUUACCUCACAAUUGUCUUCUAUGUCAUUUUUAAACAGUGAAACAAACGAAAACCCGCUGGGCGAGCUGCCGGGACCAGUUCCGCCGGGAGCUGACCAGCAAAGGCCGGAGUGGGGAGGGCUCAUCGACCAAACGGGCCUAUAUCUAUACGGCCCAGUUGCAGUUUCUGCGGCCAGUAAUGGAACUGAGGCCUACUGUGGACAGUCUGGAUCCCUCACAAGAUUCGGACACGUCGGCCAGUGAACCACCUGCAAGAUUUUCGCCCCAGGGAACUCCGUCGCCAACACCGGCUGAGGACCCUGAGGACUCCACGCUGGCCGAGGAACCCGUACCACCUUCCAGUCCACCACGGGUGGUCCAGACCCAGCCCAGACGGCGCCGCCAACUCCCUCCCUCUACCUCUGUGCCAGAGAGUCGGGAGGCUAUUGAUGCCCGCCUCAUAGAAUUUCUGGCCCAGAGGAGGAGUGAAGGAGUUGAGGAGAAGACUUUACGGGGCUUAGGACAGCUAUUGAGGCAUGUCACUCCUUUAGAGCACCAUGAGUGCCUUGCCUCCUUAGCUGUAGUUUUAAAAAUGUUUGCGCUUCCUAACCAUGGGGACCUUCUUGGGAAGCUUAAUGCGAUGAAAGUGGACCUGGAGAAUGCGCAACAGCAGCAAAGUGCCGGGCCAUUUGAAGGUGCGCCACAAGCAGCACAAGGUCCAGGAUACCACCCACAACCCCACUAUGGACUCCCCCAGGGCCCAAUGCAUCAAGUGGGUCAGCCCCUUUACCCGGGCAGUUUUGCAUCUGGGUUACCUCAACAGGCCAAUAUCAGGCCACGGUCCUCGUUUCCACCAGGAUCUUUUACUCAGGACCUUCUUAAUUUGUAAGA